CGGGCUUCCGUAGUGAGUGAAAGCGGAGCAGAGAGACCUGCCGGAGAGAGGAAGAGGAGCAUCUCUCCCUCCAUCCUUCCUUCGCUUUCUUUUUUAUUACCUUGCCCCCCCCCCCGCCCCCCCAAAAAAACACAAAACAAACACCACCGAAUGACGGCAAAACCAUGAGGACCUCGCCUCUCUACUCGCCUCCUUUUCGCUUGAACGACGUCGACGCGGCGGAUACGGUUGACGCUAGCUAAACAACACGGUGCUUUUUAAAAAUUUAUUUAAUUUCCACAUAUUUCACCCCAACCCCUCAUUUUUCCAUAAUCAGCGAGUACAUAUCCGUCUCUAUUGGGUGGAGAAUUGACUUCUGAAUAAUAAUAAGAAAUUAUUUUUAUUAUUUCUUUCAUUCUCUAAUACGAUGUGCCGCAAAGAAGACAAAAAGAUGCAAGUGUCUGCCUGACAAAAUCAAGGUGCCUGAGACCACCAUUCAGGAGGUCCAUGUCACCAAGAUCCCAGACGGCAUCCGUCACGAACAGGAUGACUUUGUGUCGGGACCCUGCGACGAUGUUUUGAUUCAUCUGAUUGGCCGCCCGCCGGCUGACGUUGGAGCAUGAGCACAUAUCACAUUGCCUUAGAUCUGAGCUAACGCUCAUUAUCAUUAUCUGAGCGCUCUCCGGGUUGAAGUCCGUCUAGGAUCAAUUCUGAUGACGUUUUAGCUUCCAUCGGUACCAAAAUGGAAGCUCGAAAUAUCAUUGGAGCCCCUCCGUCCCUCCCAGAGAGCCCAUGACCAAUGCAGAGAGAACAGUUGGUGGUGAACUGCAUGCGCUUUAGUGUUUUACUACAUUGGGAUAUCGACUACGAGGCUGUUGCGAUGAGCGCAUGAUUGCAGCCGCGCCACGCCAUCUUCGUCGUGGCCGGCGGUCGCCCGCCGCUCGUCGUCCUCGGCCAUGACCCGGCUGAUGUUGGGCCGAACUCUGGAGCGCAUCUGCAAGGGCGUCCUGUUCCUCUGCCUGCUCCACUUCCUCAUCAUGAUGAUCCUCUACUUCGACGUCUACUCGCAGCGCUUCGACCUGUUCAGCCGCUUCAACAACGGGCGCAACGGCUCCCGGAACAAUGGCAGCGGACAUCAUUUUUACUUUUACAACAUCUCCAGGCUCAACGCCACUGCGGCUAGUUACCUGGCCACGGGUGAGCAGGUGGGGCCCACCGUUCAGCCCCUUUCCAAUCGGACGCCUGCGCCCAAGCCCCUGCCGCCAUGUCCUGAAACCCCGCCUGGUUUGGUGGGCCGCCUGUUGAUUGAGUUCGGCUCCCAGAUGACAAUGGAACGCGUGCAGCGAGAGAACCCCAACGUGACGGAGGGAGGCCGCUACACGCCCCCUGACUGUCGGCCUCGAUGGAAGGUGGCCAUCAUUAUCCCCUUCCGUCACCGGGAAAACCACCUGAAGUAUUGGCUUCACUACCUCCACCCCAUCCUGAGACGUCAGAGGAUUGACUACGGCAUCUACAUCAUCAAUCAGUUGGGCGAGGACACCUUCAACCGCGCCAAGCUCCUGAACGUUGGUUACGCGGAGGCGCUAAAGGACGGCGACUACAACUGCUUCAUUUUCAGCGAUGUGGACCUGAUCCCCAUGGACGACCGCAAUCUUUAUCACUGUUACGAGCAGCCUCGACACUUUGCCAUUGCCAUGGACAAGUUUGGCUUCAGGCUGCCCUAUGCGGGUUACUUCGGGGGAGUGUCGGGCCUCAGUAAAAAACAGUUCUUGAAGAUCAACGGCUUCCCCAACGAGUACUGGGGUUGGGGAGGGGAGGAUGACGAUAUCUACAACAGGAUCACUCUGAACGGGAUGAAGGUGUCCAGACCGGACGUGCGCAUUGGCCGCUACCGAAUGAUUAAACACGAGAGAGACAAACACAACGAGCCCAACCCGCAAAGAUUCAAUAAAAUCCAGAACACCAAGAACACCAUGAAGAAGGACGGCAUCAGCUCGCUCACCUACCGAGUGGUGAAGAUGAAAAGGUACCCGCUGUACACUAACGUUUCAGUCGAGAUCGGCAAAGCGCCACCGCGGCCUUUCAAGGGAUAGACGGAAGGUAGGUUGGGAUUGGGAUGGACGCACAAAGGGAAAUCACAAGCACAUCAAGGCGAGGAAUCUUUUUUUUUUUUUUUUGGAACACGUUGACUUGCACUUGUAAGCCUCUGGACAACUUUUCAAUGGGGGAAGGAGGCAAAGUUUGAUGAAUGGUGUCAAGCGGGAGUUUCGUGGACUGAAAUGGAGGACAUGGAAAAGGGCUCUCGAGGGCUUAAGGUCCCCAAAAAUGGCCAAAACCAUUAAAAUGAGUGAUGGCAAGACCACAAAGUGGCAGUAGAAGUUUUGAACCGUCGACGGCAAAAGACGUGAUGGUAUCGAGAUUGAUGUGGACAUCUGCAAGAUGGGGGAGUCAUUCAUCAAGAAGCUCACGGGGUGCCACUUUCCACCUGUUUACGAAGAUUUAGCGUACGACAGGCGUACGUAAAAAGGCCAUUCUGGCUCACCUCUGUACAUUAUCUUGUGCGAGUUGAAAAUAUUCCAAAAUCAAAGCCUUUGGCGUUAUUGAAUGAAUGUAUCGUGCCUGCAUCUCCCUCAUCGGGGCUAUGCUGGGACAUUAUUGUUUUGUUUUGUUAUUGGAGCAACUUGUGCAACAUGAAUACCGUAUUUUCCCACACUAAAAGGCGCACUGGAAUAUGAGGCGCAUCUUCAAUGAAUGCCCUAUUUUGUAAUUUUUUUCAUACAUUGUGCACACCGCUUUAUAAGACGCAAUCUACAAUGCAUCCACUAGAUGGAGCUCCGCUCACGGAAACGCCAACAGAACGAUCAGAUGUCAAUAAAACGUAUUUAAUAAAGCAGCGACACGGUUCGCGUAACCAACAGCGAAUUAUAACAUUGACUCGUUAACGUUGAACUCUCUUGCCGCUGCUCUAUUUCCGUGUUCAACUGCGAAACCGAUCGCCUUAAGUUUGAACUCUGCUGUGUAAGCAUGUCUCUAGCAAGGAGCCAUUUUGGGGUCGACAUAUUACCGUAAUAACCAUACACAAGGCGCAUCGGAUUUUAAGGCGCGCUGUGAGCUUUUAAGAAAAUGGAAGGCUUUUCGGGGCGCCUUUUCGUGCGGAAAAUACGGUAUAUGUUGAAGCUGAAGGGGCAAGAAGUGUUUGAAACUGGCAUCAGUGAAGAUUGAACCCUUUUGUUCUGAUUAUUCAAAUAGAGAAGGCAAAUGAGCUUGUUUUAUUCUAAUAAUCUGAUUUGACGUGACGUGAGGCCGUCAUGCUUUUCCCAUCUUCCUCCAAAUUUUGAUUUCUAUGCCUGUGGGUGCACACUGAAGCGCACACGUAUUCUUUUUAUCUUGAAUGAUUUUGCUCUACUUCAUUUCUCUUGCCUAUUGGCUACAUCUAGUUACAUUUCUUUUUUUCAACAUCUGUCCAUGAUUUAUUGCUAUUUAUUGUUCAACGCUUUUUAUUUGACUGUGUUUUUAUUUCACAUAUGCGGCUGUGGACGAUUAUAGAUAUAAUAAUAUGGCCUUUAUUUUGCUACUUUAUCCCCUCCCCUCUGACUGGCUCAUGAAAAAUCUCCAUUUGGAGGAAGUGAACAGAGCUGGUGGAAAUGUUCAAUUCUCGCCGUAGGCUGGUGUAAGAUUUCUUAUCAGAAUUUUUUUGUUUGUUUUUUUUAACUGCUACUGGCACACGGUGCUGCCCAUCAUCAUUUCCCACACGAAACAUAUCCAAGAGUGCUUUUUCUGCUUUAAUCUUUUUUUUUUUUUUUUUGUUGCUGUUCUGACACCGUCAUCCUCUUGUCGCCUACAUAUAUUUACAGUACGUAUAUAAACCGAGCCGAUGCCUUCAGGAUUUAUUUUCUAUGAAUAGCAAGACAUGUUUUUAAAUAGUAAACCGUAAACCAAAACAUGUUUUUUUUCCUAUUUUUGUUGGCUUCCACUUUGGUGGUCUUGAAGGGGGAGAAAGAAAACUCUAAUGUGUUCGAUAGACUUAUUUUUGCCUCAAGGUUGUGUUUUUUUCUUUUUUUUUUCUCUCCUCAAGGUGAAAGGAGUCCUCUGUGGAGCGCACGCACGCAUUUGCUCAUUCACGCUGUCUUCCCUUCUUUUUACAGAUUGUUUUGUUUUUUGCAUGUUAUCACCUUUGAUUGCCUUUGCACAGUCUCGUUGACCUUUUCUGCUCUCCUUCUUGCAAAUCUCACUGCAGGCUUUAGUGCCACCAAGAGCAACCAAAUGCAGCCACCCCACCCACUCCUGGACAAUAUUCUAGAUUGGGUAAUGAGGCAAUAUAAAAUGUUAUAAAGUCAUGAUGUGGUUUGGUUUAUUGAGGUGACAAAAGCUUGUGUGCGGUUACAGCUGCCAUAUGUUAGUUUAGGAAGACUGGCUUGAUUGAACUGGACCAUUUUGUAAUGUUUACAGAAAAAUUAUAAACACAAAAAAAAGGCACCUAUCAAUGCCGAGGAACACCAAAACCUUAAUCCUAAAAUCCCAGUUCAGUUUAUAGUAGGGGGGACCCCCACAAUUUGCAGGGGCGAUCUGCGUAUAACUGACGCCAAUUCUAAAUUCACAAUUUUUAUGAUUUAUUUUUUUUUUCUGAAUGACACUUGUCGGCUUUGGCAUUUAAACUCGUCAACUUGUCUUGUUUCUUAUAAAGGUGGCAAUUAAGUGCAGUAAUAGUAGCCGUUAGAACAGAGUACAGUCUGCUCUGAAAUAAUAGUAUAAUUAAUUAAUGAAACGCAAGUUUAUUCAAGUAUUCACUAUUCUUUUUUUUACAUUUAGACAAACAACCAUUCACGCCGUGCUACCAAGCCCAUUUCCCCUGAUGAGGAAAUGUCAGUCCUGCUUUUGUUAAGUCCAUUUAAUUUGCCUUUUUAGUCUCUCAAUGAGUAAUAAAUCCAUCAAAUGAGUCGACAUUUUUCGCAUGUGAAUUUAGUGGGAUUGAGCCAGCCCAAAACAAUAAUUAAUCGAUAAAUAAAUCGCUAGAUUUCAUGAAGUACUCUCAAUGUACGUACCUGUCAAAAUGCAGAAGUACUGUUUCGACUCGAGUACAGACUCCGACUCAGAUGUUUUCACGUGUAAGGAAUUUAAAAAAAAUGAAAGUUAAAAAUAUUGCCAGAAAAAGAAAUGCGGAGGUAAAUAACAGGUACCUAAACAAAUAUCUACUAGAAAUUUGGAGAUAUAUUUUUCCAUAACCAUGCCAAAAAUAAUCCAAGUGUUUACAAAUUGCUGCAUUUUUUUGGGGGGUGGGGGGGGGGUUAAUGAAAACUUCCAAAAUCAUUACGAGAAGAGUAGAAGACACUUAGCAGGCAGGCUUACUGCAUCACAUCAGUCAGACCUAAUUGGAUUUGAUGCGAGUGAAGGGCAAACGCGAGCGGCCCCCAGUGUACAUUUACACAGAGUUGGGUUUUCGCAUUUCUAUUCAUUUCUUUUCCUUUCAGCGGCGCACCGCGAAGUGCUCCGUGUUUGCUAAUGGACUCGGAGUGCUCCGAUGUUUGAAGUGAAGCCGUACUCGCUGAUUUUUGUUCCUUACAACAGGGCGGGCUUCCUGCGUCGGGACGUUUGGGCCCGAAGGCGUUUUUAAAUUUGAAAAAAUAUAUCUUCUGUAAAUUCAAAUAAUGUUUUUUUUUUGUUUUGUUGUUUUUGUACAUUGAAUGUUAAAAAUGUUAUCUUAUAUAGUAUGCAUUAUGUCAUAUCAAAACUAAUUUUUCUAUACAAUAAAUAAAAACUUCUGGUUUAAAAUGAA